UCACGGAAUCGGCCUUUGGGCGCAAUUGUUUGCAGAAGGGCGCCGUAUCAAUUCGAGUCGAUUUGCGAGUUCGAUUGCGACUCCCAGCGGAACCGUUGAGAUUGUUCCGAUGUUUCUCGGCUUCGUUAUGACCCCUAAUGUCCGUGACCCCUGACCCUGGGGCGGCUGAAGUGACAGUGGGAGUUGCGAUGCUGGUUUACGAGAAAACAUUGAUGGCCCUUUUAUGAGCCAUUUUGCCAGUUCUACGCUCCUGAAAUACUGCUCCACAAAUUGCCUAGAGUUUUCCGUAAACAUGGUGCUCUGCUUCAAACGGAUCUCGAAAUGGAGAGGCAGGUGGCGUCGCAGCAGGAGAAAGAAAGAGGAACGGGAGUCACUGCAACAGACGGAGAACGAGUUGUGGCUGGAGUACUUUAGCCCAUAUCUGCACAUCUGGCCGUUUCACGAGCUCUGCACCAGAUUGGAGGCGAAUGUGUCCCAGGGUCUAACCGCGGAGGCAGCUGGUAGAAAGCUGGCCAGGAAUGGAAAGAAUAUUCUGCCACUACCGACCAAACAGGAUUUGCGGCCUUGGAAAUUCUUGAAGAGCUGCUUCAGCGUCUUGGGCAUCAUCAUACUGCUGAGUUCCAUAGCUAGUUUCGCGAUGUAUUACCUAUUUGCAACUAAAACGUCAGACAAUGAAAAAGUGGAUCCGGAGUUCUUGGUAGCGGGCAUCAUCCUGCUCUGCACCUUCUUUCUCGCAGGACUCAUGGUACAAAUGCAAGGAGAUGAUGACGAAGACAUGCUCAUAGCUUUCGAUGAGCUGAUGCCCAUGUAUUGCACUGUGAUAAGAGACGGGGAAAAGGAGGUCAUCCUCACUCAGGACCUAGUUGCCGGGGAUACCCUUCCCAUUAAGUAUGGACAGCGGCUUCCUGCCGACAUCCGAUUCUUCAGCACCACAGGCCUGGAGCUGAAUAACGUGGCUCUGACAGGACACUCGAAACCCAUGCACAUCACUCCUUUGGCGAGCGAGGGGCGACAGAGAUACUCCCGGAUUGAGUACAUAAAGGAUUAAAUUGGUUUCUUAUUGGCAAAUGUAUGAUUUCUUAUUGUAUAUUCCAUGAACUUGCUUAGAUUACCAAAGACAUAAAAACACUGCUGUAAUAAGUGCAUUCUGUUUC